CUUACUUUGAAAAUGUAUUUUUUUCGUUACAACUUAUAGUGGUAUACUUUCACUAUAUUCCCAUGAAGAUAUUGCAUUUUUAUUUCUUUUCUAUUAAGACAAUUUACUUUGAAAAUCUAACCAAUUAGGGUAUUUAACUUUUCCACUGGUAGACAAUUACCUUAGAAGUAAUAACCACUGGUAGUGUGCUAAUCAACAAAAUAGCACUUGGCUUUGGGAUGUGAUUUAGGUUAUCAAGCCUUUUCCAUUGUUCUUAUAUUUUACUUGUAUUAUAAGUAGACUUCUGGAACCUCAUACACUGUUUUAAAGCAGGGUUCUUCAUCUGUAGUCUCAACUUUUUAGUGUUGCACUGUUUACAUGGUUCCUUUUAAAUAACACUUUCCGUGUUAAUUCUACGCAAGUAAGAAGGAAGAUUUAUUGCCCAACUAUACAUUUCUGUUAUACAAAUUUUUUAUGUUUCAUUCUAUAAUGAUACCUUUUGCAUUUUAAAGUCAAAGCAAAAAUUCAAUUGAAUUUGCAUUCUCCAUAUACGAAUAAUCCCAUGCUUAGUAAAUAAUUUCUUCAGGUGACAGUUUUCCUUUUGUUCAACAAGUUGCCUCAAUGCAGUUAUUUGUGAUUGUUGUGUUUUUAUGGUAUCUUUUCAUAAUUGCAGCAUUCAUGAAGGAUAACAUGUUUCCUUGUAUUCAAAAGUAUUAUUAUUUGUUAAUUACAUUGCUAUUCUGAUGUAGCAUAAUUUGUUUCCUUUUGAUUGUUAAUUACACUGAUUUCUAUAGAUUGUUUAACAGAUUAUACUGAGAACAAUGAAAACUUAUCUUCACUAAGAAGCAAACAAAUCUUCAUUAAUUCUUAACAUAGUACAUAAUCACAUAUUUACAGACACGAAGCAUUGCAACCUUUCCCAUUUUUGGCGUUCAAUGUAACUGACUUUAACCACCUCCUUUAAGUAACUUCUGGUAACUACUUAGCAACAUAGUUCCUCCAUGUACAAGUCUAUAUUAUACGCUGGACUUGCAUAAGUCCCAUCUUUUCUUUCAUCUUUAAGAAAUCUCCAUCCUUUAAUGCCUUAGUAGUAAGCACUUCAGCCACUUGAUAUUUUUUCCUGCAAAAGAUAACUUCAACAUCUCCAUGACUUGCCAAUUCACAGAUAAAAUGAUACUUGAUCCCAAUAUCUUUGCUUUUCCCGUGAUACACUGGAUUCUUGUUAAGUGUAAUUGCAGAUUUGUAGUACUAUUUAGUUUUGGUUCAAUGAUUUUUAAUACUAUCUUUUUUUUUGGAUUCUUGUUAAGUGCAAUUGCAGAUUUGUAGUACUAUUUAGUUUUGGUUCAAUGAUUUUUAAUAGUAUUUUUUUUUUUGAAACGGAAAACUUGCUAACCUACUCCUAAAUACCACAUAUGUCUUGUAAGAGAUUUGAACCCAUGACCUCUCAGUUGAGAGAUUCACUCAUUACCGCUAGGCCAAAGGCUUUAGCGCUGAGUAAUAACUUUUGGUACAACUCUCAUCCGUUUUGACUGAUCUAUUCCAUGCUUUAGCGGUGAGUAAUAACUUUUGGAAAGUUCACUGACACACGUCAUAUGGCUAUAUAUAAUGGUAAACAAAAAAAUGAAGGGUAUCUCUCUAUACACAGCCCCAAAAUCAAACAUUGAAACCCUAUUCUAUAGAUUUCAUAUCAAAAAUGAUGCGGAGAAAAUCAAAGAGGGUUAGCAAGAGGGCUAAAAAACAGAUCAAAGAAGAUCGAAUUUCCCGUUUGCCCGAUGAUUUGAUUGAUCACAUUUACUCAUUUCUAGACUCAAAAUUUUCUGUUCAAAGUAGCCUUUUGUCACGUAGGUGGAGAAAUACAUGGAAAGGCCAUCCACGUCUCAAAUUCAAGACCGAUCUCUCCACUGGUCAUAAAUUCGAUAAUUUUGUGCAUAAAUUUCUAUCUAAACGAAAGAAAGAUGCAGAAAUUCCAAUCAUUGACAUCAUUUCAAAUUCGAUCCCCAUCCGUCUUCUCAAAAAGAUCAUAGCAUAUUCAAUGUCACACGGCACUAAAGUGCUCAGCAUUCUGUACAUGUAUGAUAUACCAACUAGACGUGGCGGAUUCGAUUUGUCUUUGCUUAAAUCUCAUUUUCUUCAAGAUCUUUAUUUGGAUAUCGAUUUUGAGUUGUUAAAAUCUCCAAAUCUGACAUGGUAUUUGCCUACUUUAACUACUUUACAUCUGCAAAGGGUUACAUUUACACUGGAUCCUCCAAACGACGAUGGAUCCUUAGAAUUGUUUUCCUCCUUUUCAAAUCUGAAAUAUCUUGUGUUGCUUGAUUGCCGAUUAUGGAAUGUUCGUACAUUCUAUAUCACAUCAAGUGCAUUAGAGAACCUCACAUUAAUCUGUCUUGUGCGUUCUUGUCAAUUUGUGAUCUCAGCACCGAAUCUUUCAUCUUUCAUAUAUGAUCACAUGACUCCGUCUUUGUUAUUAGCCAAUGAUCUUGAUUUAUUAGAAAUGGUAAGCUUUCGAACCAUUUAUGAUAGGCCUACUGAAAACCCACCAAAUUAUGUUGAAACAAUGAUCAACACUUUUCAUCAACUUCACAAGGUAAAGCACCUUAUUUUAGACAAAGAUGCCGUGUUGUAUAUUUCAAGGUUUUGUGGCUUACGUGAAAGAAGACCUUGCCCUUUUGUGAGUUUAGAAAGUUUGACUUUGGAUGAAAUGCCUUGUUCUAUCUUUCGAAAGCGUGUUGUGUUUGAUGAUAUUUUAAGUUAUUUCCGUAGCGGUUCUCCAGGUUGUGAAGCUUAUAUUGAAUAUAUAGAUUGACAUGGGCUGCAAUGAACCAGUCGGUCAUUAUCAUAUCAGGUUCUAUUAAUCUUUUCAUAUCAGAAGUUCUCCUGGCUACCCUUUUGUUUUAGAAUAUCAUGGAUGCUUGUCUGUGAGAUGUUGUUAAACUUAUAAUACAUGCUUGCUUGCUGGUUUUGGCUACAAAUGUUGUUGAUAGGAGAUUGUUUUGUGCUUCCGUAUUAAUCAUGCUAUAUAUGGAUGUUUUGUGUU